CGCACACGCUGCCCGGCCGGGAAAUCCCCAUUGUCUGCCGGCCCUAUAUAUAGGGGCCUAACGGCAGUCGUGUGCCGGCCGCGCAACCUGUCCUGCCCGCGCUCGACGGCUCGGCACGGCUCGGCUCGGCACGGGAGAAGGGGAACCGAGGCCCCUCUCCUUCCCCGCAGCCUCCCCCCGGGGCGCGCAGGUAAAGCCGCCGCCGGGGCCGCGCAGAGGGGGCCGCGGGGCCGGCUCCCCCCGAGCCUUACCGCGGGGCUUGGCUUUGCAGGAUGGCCCCGCAGAGCCAGUGCCCCCCGGGCGAAGGGCAGCCCUAUUUCGGCGGCCCCCCCGCCGCCGCCCCCGCCGCCCCCUCCCCGGCCGCCGGCGGCCCCGCGGGUGCGGGUGCGGGUGCGGGCAGCCGGGGCGCGUCCCCGGCGCGCAGGAAGGGGAAGGCGCGGAGGGGCCGCGGGAAGGCGCGCAGCGAGGGGCUGCUGGGCAAGCAGAAGCGCAGCCGGCGGAUGAAAGCCAACGACCGGGAGAGGAACCGCAUGCACCACCUCAACUCCGCCCUGGACGCGCUCCGCAGCGUCCUGCCCACCUUCCCCGACGACGCCAAGCUCACCAAGAUCGAGACGCUCCGCUUCGCGCACAACUACAUCUGGGCGCUCACGCAGAGCCUGCGCCUGGCCGAGCAGAGCCUGCCCGAGCCCCCCCCGCCGCCGCCGCCCCCCGCCGCCUCCCCCGGGCCCUGGGGCUCGCCCUGCCCCGCCGCCCCCGCGCCCCCCGCCGCCUUCCCCGCCUUCCUCUGAGCCCCCCGGAGCUUGCUGUCCCCCGCUCCUGCCCUCCCCCGGCCCCAAAUCGCGGUCGGAGGGGGCUCCCCGCGCACUUUUCGCGCUGGGCACCGGGGGGGGGACACCCGCGGGAGCCCCGCGCCCCCUGGCCCGGGAGCGGUGGGCAGGCGGCUCCAAAUCACGGUUUUGUACUCGGAAACGGUAAAUUAUAUUAAUUUGUCGCUAUCGGUAUUUAUUGAUUAUAGUUCGUAACAAAUAUAUAUUUUGUAUAUAAGAGUAUUUUUGGCAGCGGUGGUCUGGCUGUUUGUA